AUGUCAGUGCCUGGGUACGGCAAAGCUCAUCUCUCGGGAAGCUCAGAGUCGGAGGGUUAUGAGAAGCUCGAAAAUCUACGGAGACGUAUCGACAUCCUUUUCGCUCAGUCAACUCCUCUCUACAAUGCUUUUGUUCGAUGCACCAGCCACCCAGCUUUCCAUGAGAUGGAAUAUGGUUAUACAGAUGAUACCAUCCCGCCGAUUACUUUCGCGAGUCAUGAGGAGGCAAUGGCCUGCGCAAUGUACGCGCUAGCUCAGGUCUACUGUGACUGGCAACCACUUCAAUUUUCACUCGACGCAGCGAGUGGACCAGUCACUUCGAAGUUGAAUGGAUGGGCCAAGACGAUUCUGGGAAUUGCAAAGGGAUGUGAUCCACCGCGGUACCUAUACGAGGAGACGUAUAAUAUGAACAUGUGCUGGAUUGUCGGGUUAUUGUGCCUGCGCUGGCCCAACCCUGAUAUUUUAACCUACCUCGCGCAGACCGUCCUACCAGAUCUGAAAUCAACCACUCCCGCACUAGAAGACACUGCUGGAGCUUUGCUGCUGUUUGACAUGGUCAUAGAAAUGCUAUGUUCCGAGAAUGCGCGAGGCCGCAAGGUCUUCGCCGUACAUGUUGUCCACGAGGAUUCAUCCGAUGUGAAUGCAUUUCUCUUGGUAAAUCGCUCAUUGCAUUUUUCCAUCCAUGGAUACACUGAUGAUGGAAGCUUUUUCUGCGAUUAUAUUCCUGCUUUGCGUUGA